AUGUGCCUUGGUAUCGAAACAUUCACAUCAUCCACAAAUAAUAUUAAUCUGCUGAGCAAAUAUAAAAAAGAAGAAACUCCGUUAAUUGGAAAAAAUCGUGAACAAAUAUCGCAAACGAAAACCAAAUUAAAUACUUCAACAAUGAAGGAGCGAACAAUGAACUGCAUUCCUCAAAUCACUGAUGAAGCAGAAAUAAGAAGUUCCGACUCCUUAUCACUGAAAAAGCCAGAAAUAAAAUUUGCUAAACCAGAUGAUUUACCACCACCAGCAAAAACAAUGGAGGAUGUGCAAUUUUCUGAUUUCACUGAAGCAGCAGUUCAAUCAACGAAGCAAUCAACAAAGGCAGCUAGCAUAUUACCGACAACAUACCAAGCAACCCAGAAGUCAACACGACACAUGAAGCUACAGAAAAAAACUGUGACUAAAAUUUCAAAAGCAUCUGCUCAUGAAGACCAGUCACUACCAGAGAAUAGAAGAGUAUAUCCAACAACACUAGCCUAA